GUUUUUUUCUCUCUAUCUUCGAUUUUUUUUUUUCCUUUUCUUUUCUUUUUAUCUUCAUAUAUUUAUAUACAAUUGUACAGUAGAGAGUAUGGAAGAAGGAGGCAGAUACAAUACUUACUUGAAUCCUUAUUCCAACAAUGGGAAUAAUGCUAGUGGAAGUGGUGGUAGUAGUAGUGGUAUAGGUUUGAGUGGAGCAUCAGGUGGCCCAAUACGCAGAGGUCAUCGUGACCCUCGAAGUAGACGUAACAAUGAUCCAUAUGGUUUACAUCAAAGACAUGGUCAUGGUCGAAUGGAUCCUAGAGAUGAAGAAAAACCUUGCCGGACCUUAUUUGUUAGGAAUAUACAGUUUGAUACCACACCAGAAGAGAUUUGGAAUGUGUUUGGUCCAUAUGGAGACAUUAAGGAAAUAUACAACAAAGUUGAAACCAGAGGACUUGCCUUUGUUCAUUAUUAUGAUUUACGAUCAGCUGAACGUGCCAAAGCAGAUUGUGAUAAUAUCAAAAUUAAGGAUAGAAAUUUGGAUAUCCAUUAUUCUCUACCAAAGGAUGAUCUUCGAGUCAUCAAAUGUGAUGAAACAAAAAAUCAAGGCACAUUAUUAUUAUCCUUGAAUGGAAGUCAAUCUUCUCUUGUUGAUAGUGAAUUAUAUGAAUAUUUCAAAAAGUUUGGUGAUGUCAAAGUUAUUCGAACUCCUGCAUUCAAAACAUAUACUGAAAAUACAGAACGAUGGCAACGGCUGGUAGAAUUUUAUGAUUCCCGUGAUGCUGUCCGAGCUGCUACUGCCACUCACAAGCAAAGCUACAAAAAUGGUAUUUGGGAUGUGACCUACUUUUGGGAUCAACCGCCAAGACAACGAGAUACUUCACCUUCUCACCGUGCCGAUAGAUUUCGACGCCAAGAUACAAGACAUCAUCGUGAAAGAAAUGAUUAUCGUCAAGAUAGAGAACGCACAGAUCAUCAUCAACAUCAUUACCCAUCACCAUCAAGUGCUCCACCGCCACCUCACUCUAUUCAAUCAGAAUCAAGCAAUAUGACCAACGCACAAAAAGCUCAACAGUUACUUGCAUUAUUAGCUCAACUCCAAAAUGUUCAGAAUACAGCUCAACAACAACCAUUGCAACAACAACCACAAUCAUCUGGGUAUACAGUACCAAACCUUGCUCAACAACAACCGCAACUAUCACAACCAUCUGGAUAUACGGUGCCAAGUUUUACUCAACAGCAACAAUCACAACCAUCUGGAUAUACUGGAACAAGCACUAUUCCCUCUCAACAACAACAAUUACCACUAGGACAAGGACAAAAUCAAAUUCAACAAUUAAUGGGAUUAUUGAGUCAAGCUACCGGUGUGACACUUCCAGCACAUGGGAAUCAAAAUCAACCUCAACCUCAACCAAUGGUACAACAAAACUAUCAUCCACAGUAUUCUCCUCAACAUCUUAAUCAACCACAAAAUCAACAACAGCAACCUUAUUUGAAUCAUCCUACAUCUCCUCACAAGAAUACUGGACAUCCUCCGUAUAAUCCAUAGUUAAUUCUCCAUACAUGCUUUAGUGAUUUAGUUUCUUACUUUAAUAGUCCUUUUCUCCUUUUAUAUAUUAUUUUUCAAAAAUAAAGCACUUACAAUGACACGAUCCGCA